GUUGAAUAUAAGCCUUUGGCUCAAGUCCGGAAGCCACCCUCCAAGAUCAGGAACCUCAAAAUGACCCGACAUUUGCAUAAGGGUACAAACACCAACAUUACUUCACUCCCUUUUAUGGAUACCAAGGAGAAGAAGAAUGUGAUCAACCUCCCACACAUCAGCAACAAAAUUCUGCUGAAGCCUGGUGUGCUGUCCCGGGUAAGUACAGGGCAGUGGGCAUGCUCCAUGAAGACUCAUGAACACAAGGUAGAAGAGAAACCACCAAAGAAGCACAAGGUGCCUCUGACAGCAGCAGAAGCCCUAAAGAAUUUUAAGAGUAAGCUGUCUCCUUAUGAGCAAAGUGAAAUCCUGGUCUACACAGAGCUAUGGUCCCUGGGGCUUGAUGCUGAGAAACUCAAUGUGGCUCCAGAGAAAUUCAGCAAGACAAGUUUUGAUGAUGAACAUGGCUCCUAUCUGAAGGUCCUGCAUGACCACAUUGCCUACCGCUACGAGGUUCUGGAGACGAUUGGAAAAGGGUCCUUUGGACAGGUGGCCAAGUGCUUGGAUCACAAAAACAAUGAGUUGAUGGCCCUGAAAAUCAUCAGGAACAAAAAGAGAUUUCACUACCAGGCCCUGGUGGAGCUGAGGAUCCUGGAAGUCCUCAGAAGGAAGGAUAAAGACAACAAGUACAAUGUGGUACACAUGAAGGACUUUUUCUACUUCCGGAAUCACCUCUGCAUCACCUUUGAACUUUUGGGAAUCAACUAGUAUGAGUUGAUGAAGAGUAAUAGCUUUCAAGGUUUCAGUCUAUCGGUAGUUCGGCACUUCACGCUCUCUGUAUUGAAGUGCUUGCAAAUGCUUUACGUAGAGAAAAUCAUCCACUGUGAUCUCAAGCCUGAAAAUAUAGUACUAUACCAAAAGGGCCAAAUCGCAGUUAAAGUUACUGACUUUGGGUCCAGUUGUUAUGAGCACCAGAAAGUAUACACCUAUAUCCAGAGCCGGUUCUACCAAACCCCUGAGGUGAUUCUGGGUCACCCCUACAAUAUGGCCAUUGAUAUGUGGAGCCUGGGCUGCAUCUUGGCAGAGCUGUACACGGGUUACCCUCUGUUCCCGGGGGAGAAUGAGGUGGAGCAGCUGGCCUGCAUCAUGGAGGUGCUGGGUCUGCCGCCAGCCCACUUCAUUCAGACGGCCUCCAGGAGACAGACGUUCUUUGGUAAGUCCCCAAGUCUAAUCUCUUUAUCUCAUUGUGUCUAAUGAGGUGUCACAGAUCUUGAAGGUACUUCCCAUACCCUAAAUCUCAUAUUUUGCUUUUCUCCUGUCCCCAUACCAAAGGGCAGGAUGUGGUUUAGGAGCUUACAGGCAAUGAAAAGUGGUCCCAGAUUGCAUGCUGGAGAUGAGAUGGGUGAAAUCACAAGGGGAAUGGGUUCUUGGCAAUACAAAUGCAUUGGA